UGGAAGGGCGGGGAAGUAGGUACAGCAGCCUCCACGCAUGUCCGGUGCGUGCGCAGAGAGGGCUGCUGGCACAAGCAGUCAUGGCGGCUCAGUGCGUGAGGCUGGCGCGACGCAGUCUCCCGGCUUUGGCGUUGUCUCUCAGGCCCACUCCCCGGUUGCUGUGCACUGCUACAAAACAAAAGAACAAUGGCCAGAACUUGGAAGAGGACGCGGGUCAAAGUGAACAGAAGACAGAUCCUGCCUCUGCAGAGAAAAGCCUCCUCGAAGAGAAGGUCAAGUUAGAAGAACAGCUAAAAGAGACCAUGGAAAAAUAUAAACGAGCUUUGGCAGAUACUGAGAACUUGAGGCAGAGAAGCCAAAAAUUGGUGGAGGAGGCAAAAUUAUACGGCAUUCAGAGUUUCUGCAAGGACUUGUUGGAGGUCGCAGACAUAUUGGAGAAGGCAACACAGUGUGUUCCACAAGAAGAAAUUAAAGAUGACAACCCUCACCUGAAGAACCUCUAUGAGGGGCUCGUAAUGACUGAAGUCCAGAUCCAGAAGGUGUUCACGAAGCACGGCUUACUCAAGUUGAACCCAGUUGGAGCCAAGUUCGACCCUUAUGAACAUGAGGCCUUGUUCCACACACCAGUUGAGGGCAAAGAGCCAGGCACAGUGGCACUAGUUAACAAAGUGGGGUAUAAGCUGCAUGGGCGUACCCUGCGGCCUGCCCUGGUGGGGGUGGUGAAGGAAGCCUAGCUGCCUGUUCCAGGGGUUUGGAUUUUGUAAAUCACUUGCUGUCACUGGAAAGGCUGGUUCAUCUUUUCUCAUCUAUGAAUAUGUUUGACCUUUUCCCAAACCUUUCUGGAAAGUUUCACCAGUGGCUAAACAGAAAAGCCAGUUGCGCAAUUGUGUCAAUGAACUCUUAAUUCAGGAGUCUGUUCACUGAUUUUUUUAGUAUCACGUAUUUAAUAGUUGCACACCAUUACAGAGGAGGGCUGAUGACACUACGGGACCGCUAGAGUAUCAUGAAUAAUGUAUCUGCCCAAACUCUGGUGACAUCAAAGCAUUUUAAACAAAUAAAGGUCUUCGGGAAUUCCACUGUGUGGCUACGUGGGUUCGCCAGUCUGCACUGCAUCUUCUACAACUUAGGGUAACAAGUUACUGGCGUACGUAGCCUGCUACACAGCACAUUCAUUGAGGGAAAGGCAAGAGCUGAAACAUUUUUCUUGCAAAAAGUCAUUAUGAUGAAGAACAUAUGUGAGUCAUAGUGCUGAAGACAACUGACCUCUGGCUUUUCUGUAGCAACCUGAAAUGAACAUACGUGUUUUAACAAUUCUUGGCACUCUUCCCAGUAACUGAGUUUGACAGAAUCUGUUCCUUCUUCCCUGUUCUAUUCAUCUAGGUAUAGAAACACUGAAAUCUAUAUUCAGCUAGUUACUAACGACUUCCGAGGUACCUAGUGAGAUGGACUUUCUCAAAAUAUGAAGACUGUACGCUUGGUAUACUUUAAAUGUUAAUGUUUAAUCUUUAAAUUUUAUUUAAGAGGAUUAAAGACCUAAUGUUUAUUUUCCUA